AUGAGCAUCCAGUACGACACCUGGGACGCCACCAACGCAACCUGGGUCGAGGACGGCGGCCCCGGCCUGUACUGCUUCCACCACCCCAAAGAAUCCCGCUGUGACGAUGUCGACAGCUACUAUCAGUACCGCGUCGACAUGGCGCCCAACGCUGCCUUCCUGGCCAUCUUUGGCGCCUCCAUGGUCGGCUACAUCAUCACCUGGAUCAUCACCCGCCGCGGCACGGCCUUCAACAUCGCCCUGCUGCUCGGGCUGACCUGCGAGAUUCUCGGAUACGCUGGUCGUGUCAUGAGUGCUAACAAUCCGUGGGACGAGAAUGGCUUCCUUAUUCAGAUUUGCUGUCUUACCAUUGGGCCUGCCUUUAUGGCCGCCGGCAUCUAUCUCUGUCUACGACGUAUUGUCUCGGCAUUUGGACCGGAGAACUCGAGACUUCCUCCAGAGUACUACACUAGAAUUUUCAUCCCCUGCGAUGUCAUCUCUCUCGUCCUCCAGGCACUCGGUGGCGCCAUGGCCUCCGUCUCCUCCCACAACAACGAAUCGGCCGACACCGGCUCCAACAUCAUGAUCGCCGGCCUGGCCUUCCAGGUCAUCACCAUCUUCGGCUUCAUCGUCGCCUCUGCCGACUUCGCCUUCCGUACCGUCCGCCGCUACCGCGCCAUGGGCGACAACGCGCUCGACCAACGUCCCGAAGUCGCCCGCGUCCGCAACUCACGCCUUUUCAAGGCCUUCCUCGGUGCGCUCAGCCUCGCCACCAUUUGCAUUCUCUGGCGUAGUGCCUUCCGUGUCGCCGAGUUGUCCGACGGCUGGGAGGGUCCUAUCAUGGGCGACCAGGGCAUGUUUAUCGGCUUUGAGGGUGUCCUGAUCGUCGUCGCCGUCUGGGCUCUCAACAUUUUCCACCCGGCCUUUUGCAUGAAGGAGCUUCUCGAGCUCGAGGACGGUGGUCUCAAGGGUCUAUGGUGCUUCCGCGGCCGCAAGGAGAAGAAGUCCAAGAGCGAGGGCGAGACCGCCAGCGACAGCCAAAGCUAA